UUUAAUUAAUUAAUUUAGUUGACAUCUAUUGUACAAAUAUUAAAUCUAAUUCUAUUACUCGUUCAGAAAAUCAGUAGAAAUUUAUCAUGCCAUGAAAGUUCUCACUAGUUGAAUUUAUUACAUAGUACAAUAGUAGUUCAAUUGUGGUAAAUUUACAUUCAUCUUGGUUUAAAUAACUAAAGAAAUGUACAACUAAUUCAUACAUUACUCCAUAAAGUAAGAUUGAACCAUUUAACCAUUUAGAAGUUAGAAACCAAUCAAGUUUUCUUUAAUAUUGCAAGAAAAAAGGUUAAAAAAAAAAAAAAAAAGACUCCACCAUGAGAAUAUUCCACCGCCCUAAAAAACCCCAUUUUUUCCAACCCCUCCUUCCUGAUUUUCCCUACAAUUUUUCACUUCCAAAAUCAUUUCUUAAAAACUUGGGAAGAAAAAAGCUAAAGAAAAAUGAUGAAAAGAAGGCCAAAUUAAGGGAUAAAAAAGGCCGAAGUUGGGACGUUAAGCUAGUAACAUCAAGUGGUGAUAUUAGACCACAUUUCAAAGAUGGAUGGGAGAAAUUUUGCAAAGAAUGUGAUCUUCAUGUUGGUGAUUUCUUGGUGUUUAGGCAUCAAGGUAACUUCAUUUUUGAUGUUUACAUCUUUGAUCAUACUGCUUGUGAGCGCGAUCUUCCGAUUUUAUUAGAGUCAAGGUUAAAAAUCGAAGCUUCAAAAAACCCUAAAAAUAUCAAAAGUCCAAGAAUCACCAAGAAAAUGUUGAAAGUGGAAGAUAAAGGGGAAAUAAAGAUGAGAGAAGAUGAGAAUUCUACUUUCAAGCCAUCUAGCUAUCCUUAUUGUCAUACUAUUAUGACCUAUGGACCAGGUGCACACGAGAUGCCUCUUCCUAGGGAGUUUGCAGAGAAGAAUGGUUUGAGUAAAAGAUGGUGUGAAAUGGAACUAAUUGACGAGAAAGGGCAUUCUUGGAAAAUGCUAUUAAGACAUUACAGAAGGAGAAUUAAUGGUGGUACAUACAUUGGUAGUUGGAAUGCAUUUCGUAAAGCUAAUGGCCUCAACACUGGCAAUGCUGUCAUUUUUGAACUCAUACACUCCGGUGAAAGACCUAUUAUGAGGUUUUACAGUAUGAGUAAGUUUUACAUUAUAUUCUUUAUACGGAUUAUCUAGGCAAUGUUCACUUCAACUUGUUUAAUUAAAUACGAAGUUUUUAUUUUUUUAUUUUUUAAAAUAAUCUAAAGGUGACGUACUAGUUUAGACAAGACCAAAGUCACUAGACUAGAUUAGAUCUGACCACAUCUUUAAGAGUAAUUACAAGUCUAGCAAAUUUGAUUACGUAUGAUGGUUUCAAGUUGUGAGCGAACACAUUUUAGCACAAUCAAUACUUGAUAUAUAUUGAAUAAAUUUCUGUAUAUUAACUUUGAUGGUUGACAGAUAAUGUUAAGGUAAUU